AUGCGAGCAUCUACCAACCUGAUUUGUGUGUCAGCAGUGCUGGCUGUGUUAUUUUAUGGUAAAUGUUCAUACAGCCGCGAGUUGGGUCUAACGUUCCAGCCUGUGGAUGGUGUGUUGGACUACACCAACCAUGCAGCUAUGCCAAAGAAGCCAAAUGUGCUCUUCAUUAUUAUUGAUGACCAAGGUAGCAGUUCAAUAAUAUCGAUUGAUUUGCUCAUGAACUCCAUGGAUUUCAUGCCCACUAUCAAGGAUAAGGUUGGACGCAACGGAGUCAUAUUUAAAAAACAUUACUGCAUCAGCGCAUUCUGUUGCCCAUCUCGGGCCAGUCUAUUUACUGGGAAAUGCGUCCAACGUAAAAAUGCCAUGGAUAAGAUCAUUAUUUCUACCAUAGAUAUUGCUAGAAGGUGUCAAGCGUUGUAUAGGGGGCUAUCCGAAAUUUAUCACCCAAGGCCUCAAUAA